AUGUUCGACUAUACCAACUUCGAUCACGUUUUCGGAGGGCAAGCGUUCCCCUACGAUCGCAAAACCAUCCAGGAGAUUGACACGUCUCGCAAGAGUCUCGAUGGCGCUCUGUUCAUUGAUCGGGUGCUCAAGGCACUGGGCCUCACCAAGGCCAAGACAUACCCUCCCAAAUCCGAGAACGCCCUGCGAACACUACACCAGCACCUCUGCGAAACCACCAUCUCGACGCACCACCGGCUCUCCAUCUUCUACUACAUUCUGCUUGACUUCGACACGAGCCAAACCAGAGCUCAGGCGUCGUCCAAGUUUGCAGUCACGUCGGGCGUCCCCAAGAACUACCAGAUUUUCAUGAAGGGUCUGUGGCUGCUGGACCACGAGCAGUUCGAGAAAGCACUCGAAUACAUCGCGCAUCCCUCGCUUACCACCGACUUCGCCGACGAGAUCAUGACGGCACUUGUACGCCGUGCGCCCGACGGCGACUACACCUUGCCUCUGUCGUACUUCCACACGGUCCAGCCCAUCCUCAAGACUUCUGCGGCCAUGGAGCUGCUAUUCGAUGCCAUGGCGCGCACCAGCGUCACCGAGGCGCUGUACUUCUCCAGGACGCAUGCCGACGCCGUGAGAGCGCAGCUCUUCCGCCAGCUGAUCUCGACAGUGAUUGGCGCCCCUGCCAACGAGGAGACCGCCGCCCGCGCCACGGAGCUUGUGGGCCUGCCCUUUGACGCGACGGAGGAAACGUGGUUCGAGGAAUAUCUGUCCGAAGGAGACGGCAAGAAGCUGAAGCGAGCAAGGGACACGUUGCUCAUGCGAAAGCUUGUCACAGGCCGGCUGAGCGAGGCCGUCAAGGACAAGAACCUGGGAGGCAGAUGGGGAGUGGUGCUGGAAGGCGUCAAGAGCGGCUUGGGUGGCCGAGCGGCGUAA